GAUCUUUUUUUUUAAGGAGAAAGCAGAGAGAGAGAGAGAAGAGAAGAGAGAAGAGAAGAGAGAGUGUGUGUGAGUUUCUUUUGUCUUUUGUUUCUUUUAUUACACAGACACACAAAUAGAUGAAACGAGGAAAGCUACUUCUUUUGCUGCUACUUCCAUAAAAAGGUCCUUCCUUUCCUAGAGAAUCAAGUUUGAUCAUCUUCUUCCUUCCUUCUUCUUCUUUUUUCUCUCAUCGCCCUCCAUUUUUAUAUAUCUCUCUGCCCAUACACACAUACCUCUUCUCUCCAGCUGGUUAGGUUUUCAUUAAAAACCCUUUUAGCCAAUCGUCCUCCUCUCCUCUCAUCAGGAAACAAAAAACAUAAAACAAAGUCUUUAUUUCGAUCACCUCCUCCUAGCUAUAUUCAUAUAUAUGAACUGUGUAUGACUAAUCUUCUUACUCAGGUAAAUUGAACAAAGAAGUGAUAAAGAGAUAUGGUGAGGGGAAAAACUCAGAUGAAGAGAAUAGAGAAUGCAACAAGCAGACAAGUGACUUUCUCUAAACGAAGGAAUGGUUUGCUGAAGAAAGCCUUUGAGCUCUCUGUGCUUUGUGAUGCUGAAGUCUCUCUUAUCAUCUUCUCUCCCAAAGGCAAACUUUAUGAAUUCGCCAGCUCCAAUAUGCAAGAUACCAUAGAACGUUAUCUGAGGCAUACUAAGGAUCGAGUCAGCACAAAACCGGUUUCUGAAGAAAAUAUGCAGCAUUUGAAAUAUGAAGCAGCAAACAUGAUGAAGAAAAUUGAACAACUCGAAGCCUCUAAACGUAAACUCUUGGGAGAAGGCAUCGGAUCAUGCUCGAUCGAGGAGCUGCAACAGAUUGAGCAACAGCUUGAGAAAAGUGUCAAAUGUAUUCGAGCUAGAAAGACUCAAGUGUUUAAGGAACAAAUUGAGCAGCUCAAGCAAAAGGAGAAAGCGCUAGCUGCAGAAAACGAGAAGCUCAAUGAAAAGUGGGGAUCUCAUGAAUCUGAAGUUUGGUCGAAUAAGAAUCAAGAAAGUGGAAGAGGUGAUGAAGAGAGCAGCCCAAGUUCUGAAGUCGAGACGCAACUGUUCAUUGGGUUACCUUGCUCUUCAAGAAAGUGAUCCACUCCACAAACAAAAGUAAGUUAAAACAGGUUUAGCAGUACUGAGAGUGUAUAAGGACAGGUAACCAAAAAAAAAAAAAAAAAACACUAAAGCUGCUUCUCUUGUUGUCUUAUUUCACUCUCACUCUUUCUCACUCUCUUCUUUAAUGAUGUUCUGCCAAAAACUGAAGUGCUUGUGUUAUGUAUCUAUGUUCUGAAUUACACUUGCCUCAUCUGAAGAAUCUAAUUUUGGUUAUGUUUUUUGUUUUUAUGUAUCAACUUAUUGGUUGAAAGUUAUGAAACGUGGUGAAAUAGUACA